UUAAACAAAAGAAAAUCAUUUAUAGAAGUAAUCUGAAAUGAGAAGUAAAAGAAAUUUUUUCAUACAUCCACACAGAAUCUUUGGUUAAUCCAUCUUGUUAUCGAAAAAAUGACGAAAUAAUAUCAUUCUAGUGAUUAAACCACAGACAUUAGUAAUUUCUCUUUAAUUUUCUUUUUAAAAUAUUACACAUCAAAACUCGCGAGAAAUGAUGACCGCUGAAGAAAAUGAAAUUUAUGGCUGUAACAUAGUAUAUUGGAAUUUCUUAUCAAAUCAUGAAGAUUGUAUUAAUAGAAGGAAACCACAAAUUUACAACAAGAUGAGAAGCGCGAACAGUUUGGACCAAUAUAACGACGAUGACUUCUUCAGCGGUGGUCCCUGCCCUUCUUGUCGGUUAGCCAUUAACAAGGAAACUGGUCGACUCAAGUGGUGUAUGGGCGGAAACGAUACUUGGCGCUUCCGAGUGAAAUUAAUGCUUCUGAUUCCCGCCGUGUUAUUGCCGAUCACUAUAAUUUUCAUCGCCCUCUCGAGGUCACAGGUGAUUGGCAAAACUCCUUAUCAUCGUACGCAUUUGGUUCACGCGACUAAAAGACAGGACGAGAGAACCGAGGAGACUUUUCCGCCAGCGACCAGCCGCAGCGAGAUAGAGCGGGUAGAAGAAGAGGAAGAAGAUAGAAUCCUUAUACCUGAAAUGAAAACUUACUACGCGCCGAUGGAAUCUCUACUUUCGCCACGACAGCUUCAACGACGCAAGAGAGACCUGGAUGGGGAUCAAGCGAUAGAAGUAGACUACAACACUGAAAAGUCAGAUGAUCAAAAUUCCGAUGAAAAUUUGAACAAUUUCUUGGAUGAUUACUACUCUGAGAUGGAUGCCGAUGAGAUUAAAGGAAAAUCUGAUAUACAAACUAACGAUUAUCGAGAAUAUGGCGAGUACACCCAUGACUCUCAUAAAAAUGAAGAACUACGUUCCAAAUUCUUCAAAUACGAUAAUAUUGAAGAACGUUCUCAAGACGAGUCGGACGAGGGCGAACAAGGUGGAAGACGUCAAAUUUCCAUCGAUGACUCGGACUCUAGUUUGCCAAUUGAUGAUUAUCAACAGGAAGACGAUACUCAUACAGAUUUCCAUGCGUUUUGGAAAGGCGAAGGAAACGAGUGGGCCAUCAGAGAGGCUCAAGCAAAAAUCAUGCUCAAGUACAUGGACAAGAGUACUGAUCCUUGCGAAGAUUUCUAUCAAUUUGCCUGUGGCAAUUGGGCGAGACACAAUCCUAUCCCUAAAGACAAAGCUGCCUAUGAUACGUUCGAAAUGAUUAGAGAAUCAUUAGAUUCUGUGUUGAAAGAGCUUCUUGAAGAACCUAUAUUGAAAGAAGUUAUGUUGAAUACGGAUGAUGCUAUAGUCAAGGCUAAACAUUUGUUUCAAAGUUGUAUGAAUUACGAGAUCUUGGAGCAACGCAUGGAACGGCCGCUUAUACAACUUUUAGAUGAACUCGGUGGAUGGCCUAUAUUGAGACCUAACUGGGAUCCAGAAAAAUUCGAUUGGCUUCUUUUGGUUGCACAAUUGAGGCUUUAUAAUAACGAUAUUCUUAUUUCGGAAUGGGUUGCACCAGAUAUUAAGAACAGCGAUCAAUAUGUUAUACAGUUCGAUCAGACAUCAUUGGGUUUACCUACAAGAGAUUAUUUUCUCCAACCAUCGAAUAUGAUUUAUCUGAAAGCUUACAAAAAUUAUUUAAUAAAAAUUUCUACUCUUCUGGGCGCAUCUUUGCAGAAUGCUACUAUGGAUGCUGACGAAUUAAUAGAAUUUGAAACGAAACUUGCCAAAAUCACAUCAUCUCCUGAUGAAAGAAGAAAUCUUUCAGAAUUAUAUCAAAGAAUGAGUAUUGGAGAACUGAGAACUCUGAUACCUCAAAUUAAUUGGCAUCGAUAUUUAACCAUCGUUUUAGCUCGACCAACUAAUAUUUCUGAACCUGUUGUUGUUUAUGCGAUGCAAUAUAUCCAAGACUUGGUAAAUCUUCUUUCAAAAACUAGUCCGCGAACUAUCGCAAACUAUCUUCUUUGGCGAUUCGUUAGGCAUAGGGUAAAUAAUCUAGAUGAUCGAUUUCAAGAGGCUAAGCAAAAAUUUUAUUAUAUUCUUUUUGGAAGAGAACAAGCACCCCCCAGAUGGAAAAAUUGUGUAGCACAAGUAAAUUCUAAUAUGGGCAUGGCUGUAGGAUCAAUGUUCGUGAAGAAAUAUUUCGACGAAAAAAGCAAAAACGAUACAUUGUCUAUGACUCGAGAGAUACAACAAUCAUUUAAAGAGCUUUUGAAUCAAACUUCCUGGAUCGAUGACGAAACGAAAGAAUUGGCCACCGAGAAAGUGAACGCAAUGCUGUUAAGAAUAGGCUAUCCUGAUUUCAUUUUACAACCUGAAUUGUUGAAUGAACGUUAUAAGGAUAUCGUGAUCCGUCCAGAUAAGUAUUUCGAGAAUACAUUAAAUAUUUUACAACAUUUGACCAGAGUGGAACAAGAUCGGCUUGGCAGCCCUGUUAACAAGACCCUCUGGAAUACCGCACCAGCAGUGGUCAAUGCUUAUUACAGUCGUAGCAAGAAUAGGAUAAUGUUUCCAGCUGGCAUAUUACAGCCGCCCUUUUAUCACAGAUAUUUCCCACGGUGUUUAAAUUACGGUGGAAUAGGAGUUGUAAUUGGCCAUGAAAUUACGCAUGGCUUCGAUGAUAAAGGUCGAUUAUUCGAUAAGGAUGGUAAUCUACACAGAUGGUGGAAAGAUGAAGCUAUUUACGGAUUUCAUCAACGUGCCCAAUGUCUUAUCGACCAGUAUAGUCAUUAUAUUGUGCCCGAAGUUGGAAUGAAAAUUGAUGGAAUGAAUACGCAGGGAGAAAAUAUCGCGGACAAUGGUGGCAUUAAACAAGCUUUUCGAGCUUACGAAAGAUGGUUACGCUUAAACGAGGAUGCUGACGAAACUCUGCCUGGUUUGAACGCGACCGGAAAGCAAUUGUUCUUUCUCAAUUUCGCUCAAGUAUGGUGUGGCUCGAUGAGACCGGAAGCUACUAGGAAUAAAUUAAAAACCGCGGUGCAUUCACCUGGCAAAUUUCGCGUGAUUGGUACUUUGUCAAAUUCGAAGGAUUUCGCGGAAGUAUUUCAUUGUCCUCUAGGCGCACCCAUGAACCCAAUUAAGAAAUGUUCCGUUUGGUGAUGAACAAUGUGCUUGCUAUUCUGUUAGUUUCAUCGUCAUAUCGAUCGUUAGUCGAUUUAAAUUAAUCCGAGCAACAUGAUUAAGAAAAAAAGAAAAGUAAAGGAAUGGAUUGUUCGUUGCUCGAUUAAGCGAAGGAAUUUACAUCACGAUGAAAGUUUCAUCGUUGAAAGAAUAUUAUAAAACGAAACUGUAGUAUCGUGCUUUUAAUUGUUGUUGAUACUAUAUACGGUUAGCAUUAAAAUUAGUAAAAUAAAAUAUAGAAUGAAGGAAAUGAAGAACCGGAGGAAAUAAUGAAGAUAACCAUUGUUGAAUAAUUAUAAGUUAUCAUUUAACGAAUAAGGAGCAUGCAACGUAAUCGAGAAAUACGAUUCGUAUUGCCAAAAUAUGUUGUGCAGUAAUAAAAUAAUUCUUUUGCGCUACUGAGGUUUGAUCUGAAGUAUCGCGUAAUGGAAAAGCUUCGUAGAUGUUGAAAACAGCUGCGCUGUUUAGUUGUGUUAAGAAUGAAAUUGUAAGACAAAUACCAAAGACAAUAAUAAUUUCAGACAAUCAUAAAAA